CUGGGUCUUUUUAUAUAAAUCAGUUCUAGGCCUUAUAUCACUCUAUCUUGAAUUACACGAGAUGGACGUCUACAAGGUCCUUGUACUGGCGUGUAUUGGAGGUAUAUAUGCUGUCUCUGGGCUGCUCUUGGACACCUAUAAUGGUGGAAAUGAAUGUGUAACAAGACAUGAAUUUAUGACUGUCAUUGCAGCUCUGAAUUCUUCUAUCAUCAAGGAAAAACAGAGGUCUAACAUAGCCUUCGUUGCUGAAUUAAAUCAAGACAUAGUCAAUCCAUCAACUGGUUUCCAUAUCAUCUUUGACAAAGUAAAGCUAGACAUCGGUGGGAAUUACAGAGCAAAUCACGGCGUUUUCAUCGCUCCAUACCCAGGAAUAUACCACUUUGCUGUAGAAUUGUCGUCGCCUCCACAAUCUAACGAUCAUGAUUUACAUGUUCGAAUCAUGAAGAAAUCAGAAGGCGUUGCCAUAACAUUUCUAGAUGACAACACGCAUCAAUACCUCCGAAGAACUGCUUCAAUUGUCUUAGAACUGGACACAGGCGAUGAUGUGUGGUGCCUAAUAGAUCAUGCUACCGGCUCGAAUACAAUAGCAUAUGGCUAUACAUCUUCAAUGUUUUCCGGAUUUAUUAUCCAUCCUCUGUAAGAUAUGGUACAUAACUUAUUCAAUAAAUAUUAUUUCCAGUAUGGUA